GCUCCUGAAGGAGAGUGGAGGACUGGUGGGUGCUGGAGAGCCAGACAGAGGCCACUGAACCUGCAUGACUCCCUCAACGCCAACCGGGAUGCACGCCAGCCACGGCGGCGUUGCUUCUCGGAUGGCAUUCAGGGAGCCAGGCAGCAGAGAGCACGAUGUGCCCAUGGAAAGCUCAUCUGGUUGUCUGUACAAACCGCACCGGCUUCCAUGGCGAGGCAGCGGGUCUGCGCUCUGCAAGACGAGAGACUGAACCAACACUGUCACUGACGACCCAAGACAUACCUUGUCUUGCCAACAGAGGCCAUGCACACACCAUGGGCACAUCAUCAUCAGGGACAUAUACCCUGGCCUGUCUUGCCAGCUGAUCGAGUCCAUAUCCAUACAACCAUGAGCAACGCCCGCCGAGGCGAGGAGCCGAGGAGGAGGGCGUACAUCCUCGCGAGGAGGAGGGCUUUGGCCGUCCUGCAUUAUUCCCGGUCGCUACUCGCUAGAGCCUAGAGGAGGGUGUUGGUAUUUGCUGGCCGGACGCGGCCAAGGGUACGGUGCUAGCUGGCUCUGGACCCCAGCCGGCCGGGGACAUGUAGCUCGAUCGAGCUGAUGGCAGCCAAGCGGCGGUAUGUGAGGCGCGCGCCUGUGGCUGCAGCGGCGGCAGCGCGGGUGGGUACAGUACAGCAUGGAUAACUGUUGGUCUGCCGGAAGUUUGCUCGGGCAAGCGGCCAAACGGAACGUACGCUAUGGCGAGGGUAGCGGACGAUUCCUCCACUGGCAGCUUACAGAUCAGAGCUUGUUGUCGGGUUCGGAAUUUAUCUGUCCGUGUUGGUUCACAUGGCAGGCGCGCCAUCAUCUCUCGGGGUCUCGGCUGCCGCCAUGCCACCUCCUGGGCCGCGCGGGGAACGGCCCCGCGUUUCAUGAACGCCACGGGCACCGUGCACCCGGGCGUCUCGCCGCAACGAGGACACCGGUUGGAUGAUCAAAGAUCAUCAUCAUAAAAUAAAAAAGAACUUGAAGGGCGAAAUCCAAUGCCAAGCUGCCAGACGAGAAACCAACCACGGAUAACAAUGCGUACCUGAGGCCGUCGAGACAGAGGGGAGAGGCUAGGUAGGCUGCUAGGAGAGGGGGCGGACGCUUGGCAUCGCAUUGCCCGCCCUUUCUUAUAUAGCACACGUGCGGGGCCGGGCACGCGACGCGAUCGGCGCCAGCAGCUCACUCGCUCCUGCUUCGCCCCGCGCCAUUCCCGCUCCGACGAGCGCUCCCGCCCGCCCGCCCCGAUCCCUCCUCCUGACCAGGGACUCCUGCUGUUCUGGAUCCGCACGCGCCGCAUCCCGUCGCUCACCCACCGCCACGCCACGACAACCACCAUCUUGUUCUGCGCCCUCUCGAUCGCCAUUAACAACCUCCUCCUCCCUGCAGGCUCCCUCCCUUUCUUUCUUCCUUUCCCCGAGGCUGCGGCGGGAGGCUGCGACCCGGCGCGCGGCGUGGCCGAUCGAUCCUUCCUUCCUUCCUUCCCGUGCGCGGCGGCGGGCCGGGCGGGUACGUGCGCGCGCGAUGGGGCGCGUGAAGCUGCCCAUCAGGAGGAUCGAGAACACCACCAACCGGCAGGUGACCUUCUCCAAGCGCCGCAAUGGGCUCGUCAAGAAGGCCUACGAGCUCUCCGUCCUCUGCGACAUCGACGUCGCGCUCCUCAUGUUCUCGCCCUCCGGCCGCCUCAGCCACUUCUCCGGCCGCAACGGGGUGGAGGACGUGAUCCUUCGGUACAUGAACCUCUCGGAGCACGACAGGGGAGGCGCCGUCCAGAACCGAGAGUACCUCGUCAGCAUGCUCCAGCGGCUCAAGCGCGAGGGUGACAUGGCCACGCAGCUAGCCAACCCCGGGGCACUGAGCGAGAGAAUCAAGGAGAUCCAGCGGGAGAUUUACUCUUCGCAGCAGCAGCUGCACAUCUCCGAGGAACGCCUGAGGCUGUUCGAGCCAGACCCUGCCGCGUUCAGCUCCACGAGCGAGCUCGACGGCUGCGAGAAGCUCCUCGCCGACUUGCUGGACCGUGUGGUCCAACGGAAGAACUACUUGCUGGGCGAGCACAUGACCCCGUUCGAUCCGACAGCAUCUGGGAUGGAGGGGACAAAUGGAGCGCAGAUGUUCACGGACCAGCAAGCGGCGGAGGGCAUGGGCACGUUCGCCGGCGACGCCGCGCUGUGGGCCGCCGCCGAUGUGGGGUCCGACGACCCAGGCCAUCAGAUGUUCGGUGGGUCCGACCCGCUGAUCUACCUCAGCAGGGACCAGGACGUGUACGACGCCACCUCCCAGGUGGCCGGGCUGCACGGCGACCCGUGCGCGGCCGCGCCGGCGAGGCCGACGCCGACGCCGACGCGUGGCGGGAGGAGUACACCUGCACCGAGCUGCUCUCCGGGCUCAUCCCCGCCACGCCGUUCCCUCUCAUGCCGGUGAGCCACCAUCCAAUGCAUCCGUCGUUAGUCCACGGCCGGCGUGCGACGCCACGACGGCGGCGCGCGCGGUGACCGUGACCCUGACGUGUCUGCUGUUGUUGCCGCUGCAGCACUGGCUGGUGCCGGACGACGAGUUCCUGCCGAUGCCCGACGGCGGCGGCGGCGGCGGCGGCAUGGUGGCCGCGCAGGAGCAGGUGGAGGCGUCGACGGCGAGCUGCUCUUACGUGCCCAGCGACGACGCCGGCACGCCGGCUGCGGCGUACGACAGCACUACGGCACCGGCGAACGUCGCCUGACCUGACCUGACGAGUUCACCCACUGUAAUUACAACAUAGAGCAUAUCAGAAUAACCAGAGAAUAAUCCCAUAGCUAGUGGCGGCGCCUGUGCUCACAAAAGGAAAACGACGCAGACGCGCGCGCGCACAUUGACAUCACAUGUAACCUCUGGAACAAAAUCAUGUGAUCUCUGUUCAUAAAGCGCGACGAGAUCGUCGGAACCCGAAUCAUUCAAAGAA